CCAGGUGUUAAUUUAAAAACACUUAACGAGGGGUGAAGUUUGACCCAUGGCAACAUGCUACCCACGCGUUAAAUCGAUGUCCCUUGUGCUGGUCAAAACGAUAGAUACCAAUCAGUUGAAAUCAGUUUGCCACUUCGCGAGGAUGGCCGACACGGUUGAGGAAAUUUUCGCCAAUGAUUCCCCGGAGGACAUCGAAACGGUGAAGAGCAUGAUCGAAAAAAUCCGUCUGGAGAUCAUGUCGCACGGGGAGGAGGAACACGACUCGUACGACCCCGAGAGCCUACAGAAGGUCGAGUUCAACAUCCAGAUCAAUAGGGUCACGUUGAUUCUGCAGGAAAUGUCCGACACGCUGGAAGUGCUGUUCAGCUUGCCGAUGAUUUGUCGCAACGAAGAGCUGAUGGCGAAGCAUUUCAAUGCGGAAGAGCAGGACGUUCUGCGCUUGCUUUGUAAGUACAUGAGAUCGAGUGAUGAUGGCGAAGCAUUCGUACCGGAAAUUGUUAACAUGGCAGACUUCCAAUUUCCUUCAACAAAGUUCAUCGAGUUGGUUGAAAUGGUAUCGAACAAAGAUCUUCAUAAAGAGAUUUCAAGUCAUGUGAAGAAUCUACCCAAAGUAUACAAGAAAUUUCUGUCCAACAUCCGCGAGUUUCGCAAAUUCAACAUCACCAAGAUGAAGAUGACCGCCCAGAAAGAUUUAGCCAAGGAGAAGAUCCUGCAUCGGAUGUGGCAGUCGAACGAGCGUAACAUCAAGGAAAUCGCCAAAAUUGAGCGUAUUCUGGAGGACAAGAGGGCAUCGUUCCAGGUGGAGAUCGAGGAAAAGACAGCCAUCAUCGAGAAGUACCGGGCGGAUAUUGAACGGCUGGAGGAGCAGAGCAAGAGGCAAAUCGAUGAGUUUAUUCAAGAGUCCGAUCGGAGCAUGUUCCAUUACUUCGAGCGAAGUGAUCAACGUUACGAGGAGCUUCAGGAAGAAGUCAACCGUAGGACCAAAGAGUACAAGAACACCUUGGAGGCCGAUCUUCUGUCGGAAAAGGCAAACCGGACAAAGAAAGCAAAGUUGACGCAGCAGCUCCAGCUGUGGCUCAAUAAAUACGAUAAGGAUGCCGGCGAAAGGACCAAGGAAUUGAACGCCUUGGGAGAUACCUUGCAGGAACGUCAGGAGGAGUUCGACGAAUGGAAGCGUACGGUGUUCGAUCCCCAGGAGAAGAAAUACUUCGAUGCAAUCGAGGAAAGGCGCCUGGAUGAGCUGCGGGCCCAGGAGGAGGUCAUACACCAGUUCAUGAUGAAACGGGCCGCAAUUGUUCUGCAGCGAGCUUGGCGUUCCGUAGCCGAGCGGAAGCGCAAAAUGCGUGGUCGCCGGGGAGGACGGCGUGCCAAGGGCAAAAAGUAAACUUCCUAAAUCGUUCCUACAUGCAGUAGUGGUGAAACACUUGAUUGCUUAAAAAUUUUCUCCUCAUGGUAGAAAGUUCUAUGUUUAAAUUUACUAUGAAACUGCCUUUUUGCAGGAAGUAAAUUGCAACUUUCGGUGUUCCUUUCGAGCGUGGUUUUGAACGCGAAUGUGAUCUACAAAGGUUUGACUUGGAAAUGCUGUGAAGCACAUCCCUAUAUUUAUGUAUCUGGUACUGCACUGAGUGUUAUGUCGCGUAUUUUUUUACAAAAUAUAUGAAUAAAUUUUUUUUAAAUAAUGUAUGUAUCUAAACAGGAAACAUCGAUCAACAAUCAACAUUGUGACAAUUUGCCCUCGAUUUAUUUAAAAUAUGCAAUCUCGAUUCUGUAAAAAAAAAACGAUCAAUUCUGACUAUACAUGUCAAUGGUUGCUCCUCCGUGAUUGAUCUGAACUGGUACCAGUUGCACUGAGAUCCAACUGAAUAAGGGGCUGGGACAUUCCACUUAUUCUCAAUGUGCAAUUUUAGCAGCUCAUGCAUAUUUGAUCAAUACCGGCGCCGGCCAAGUCCUUAUAGUCAGCUGGGAAGGGAAAAGAAUGUUAGAGUGUACUGGUUGUUGCUACUAGAGACCGAGAGCACUCUGCGUCCCCACAACCCGCACGGACUGGGGUAUUUGUUAGACGGAAAGGAUGGGAGAUCUGGGAGUCACCGUUGGGUCGGUGAUGUGAUCCAUGGAUAGGGUUAUUUAUAGUGUUCGUGAUAGAUUGUGUGGUGAAUAAGGUGAAUAAGGUCAAGCGGCACAGCACGCUUUGGUUGCAUAACUUAUAAGGCGUUAUAUAUACACUGUGCUGUGAGUGGAAAUUGGAAGGAAGGGAAACGACUUUUUUCAAUUCGUUUCUGGUUCUAGCGAUGGCUAUGAACAUAUGAAUAUACAUGAGUUGUAUAUGUAGAGGAAGAGAGAGCGAGAGAAAGUGGAUAGAAAGAUACAAAGUAGGAUGAAAAGGACGGGCCAGGGAUUGAACCCAUGACCUUCUGCAUACGAAUCAGAAGCGGUAGCCACUAGACCACCAAGCCCGUCUUUAAAAUAUGCAAUCUCGAUUCUGUAGGCUAGAAACUCCAAAAGUAUACCCCUUCUGCGUAUUCCUAUUUCAAUCAGAGACGUCUCUUUUACUUUUUCUGCUCUUUAUUGCAUGUGGCUGGAAAUUCUCUUCUGAAUGAUUGCUCAUUCUUCCUAUAUUUGCAUGUUAUCUAUCACACCCUUUC